CAAUAGUAUGACAGCCUUGUGAACCAAUCCGAUUCUAUCUCGACACCAUGACAAACAUUACGAAAUCCACUUCGAUGACUCCAACAGAGUGAAAGUGACGUGGAAGAAACAGGCAGAGAUGAAUCCGCGCAGCCACUUGCUUGUUGUAACCGUAUGACCUGACUAAAAUGACAACACUAAUCGCCACAUGCAAUCUACCACUGGAACCGAGAGACUAUAUAAACGGAGCGAUGCGCACGAAUAGCGUUAACGCCAGCGCCACAGUCUAUAGAAACUUUUUUGGGGGAUAAAACACUUCUGAUCCAGAAAUGGGUGUCAUGGUUUCGCAACUUUUCUCUCGUUUCUUCGAGAAAAAACAGCUGAGAAUUCUGAUGGUUGGGUUAGAUGCUGCAGGCAAGACCACAGUCCUGUACAAACUAAAACUUGGAGAAGUUGUCACUACAAUCCCUACUCUUGGGUUCAAUGUGGAGACUGUUGAAUACAAGAACAUCAGUUUCACAGUGUGGGACGUAGGUGGACAGGACGUCAUCAGACCUCUGUGGAAGCACUAUUACCAGAACACCCAGGGUCUGAUUUUUGUGGUGGAUAGCAAUGAUCCCGAAAGGAUGAACGAUGCUUCCGAGGAACUACACAAGAUGCUUGAAGAGGAUCAGCUGAGAGAUGUAGUUCUGUUGGUGUUUGCCAACAAACAAGACCUUCCUAACGCCAUGUCUGUCUGUGACAUCACAGAUACACUGGGACUGCGAAAACUGAAUAUUCCUUGGUUUGUUCAGCCUACCUGUGCUACCCAAGGUUCAGGGCUACUGGAGGGACUGGACUGGCUGGCUGACCGUCUCUCUAAGUGCUAACUAGCUGAGCUAGCUCCAAAGGGGGAUGUUUUUCCUCGGGUAUUAUGAUCAGCUUUCCUUCCCCCGAUCCUAAAUUAUCACUGAAAUGCCAAACUGACCCAAGAUCAGUAUCUACAUGCAACUUGACUGAGUGACCCCUUUUUUUUUAACAACCAGAAGACAUAAUUUACUCAACCAGAGUAAAGGUCAACCAGAACAAACAGUUACAGUUUUUACAUUUCUUUCCAAAUACACUGUUUUAUAUUGCACAUAAUCUGUCAUUUAUUUAAUUACUGAAUAUAAAGAUAUUCUUUGUCAA